UCCAAUAAAUUGAUUGCUUAAAUUUUAACUAUGAUAAAAUAGUUUUGGAUCUCACGUGGAAUUUAGUUGUCUUUAAGUACUCCUGUAUUGAUAUUGUAAACGUUAUAUAAAAUAAUUUAUAAUUUUUAUGAAUUAUGACUCUGGAAACUAGUGAAUUAACUAAUAUUCCAAAAAUUACCUCAAAUACUAAUUUUAAAGAUGGGAUUAUCGACUUUAUUGGAGGUUCUCUUGGGGGUGCUAUGGUUGUCUAUGUUGGACAACCAUUGGAUACCGUCAAAGUAAAAAUGCAAACAUUCCCACAAUUAUAUGGAAAUAUGUAUGACUGCUUCGUAAAAACAUUAAAAUCAGAAGGUGUUGUUCGUGGCUUAUACGCUGGUACAAUACCUGCAUUGGCUGCUAAUAUUGGUGAAAAUUCUGUAUUAUUUGCUGGAUAUGGUGCAUGCCAAAAACUUAUGCAACGUGUAACACAUACAGAUAAAAUGGAAAAUUUAUCUGUUGUAAGCAAUGCCACUGCUGGUAGUUUGGCUGCAUUUUUUUCAUCAUUUACAUUGUGUCCAACGGAAUUAAUUAAAUGUAAAUUACAAGCAAUGCGUGAAUGUACUUUACAAUCAGAUAAACCUGCCAAAUUUAUUGGUCCAUAUGAAUUAACACGUCAAAUUGUACAAUUAGAAGGUGUUCGUGGUUUAUUCCGUGGUUUGGGUUCAACAAUUGCUCGUGAAAUGCCCGGAUAUUUCUUUUUCUUUGGUGGUUAUGAAGGCACAAGAGCGCUAUUAGCCAAAGAAGGUCAAUCUAAAGAUGAUAUUGGUGCAAUGAAUACAAUGAUUGCGGGUGCAGCCGGUGGAUUAAUCUUUUGGACAGUAAUCUUCCCAGCGGACGUUGUUAAAUCACGUAUACAAGUACAAAAUAGUUGUAAUAAUUUAUUUACCGAAACUGUACAAAUAUUUAAACAGGAGGGUAUUGGAUCAUUAUAUAAUGGUUUAAAACCAACAUUAUUACGUACGGUACCAUCAACUGCUGCACUUUUUGUUACGUAUGAGUAUACUAAGAAAUUCUUGAAUUAUGUUUUAUCUUGAUGUCAGAAAAGUUAGUCAUAAUAUGUUUAAUUAUUAUAAAAUAUUUAAU